AUGCCGACAACAUUCUUUCCGUCUCGACGCAAUGCUUCCGAAUAUUUGAAUUUAAGUACCAUGACAAAGAGUAUUGCUGUUAAACUCACUUUAAUGUCAAAAGUUAUUCAACCCUAUGUGAAACCAAUCACAAAGUAUGUAUUGGACAGUGUUGUUAUCCCACACUCAUGCCCCCUCUUCGUAUCAAUUCCUGUGUGUCGCACGACUUGCUUCAGUUUGAUCAUUUGUGAUGAAAACACAAAGUACACAGAGAAGAAGAUAGUAGACAACCCCAUUCAAGCCAAUUUCAUUGAACCACAACAGACGUGUACGGUAUUCUCAACUCAAAAAUUUCAUUUGCCUCCUCUAGCUUCAUCGCAUUCAACCACUCAAAUGACUAUCAUUACCCCAGACAACGUCAUCGACUUCAUUCACCUGUUUUCGGUGAAACCAAAAUUUUGUCGCAAUGGCGAUCAAGUCACUUUAAAAGGUCCCGACUCCGUCGUUGGCUUCUCUUCAGUCAUCAAAGUCAAUUCAUACAAAAUCAAACGUGAAGGGCCACAGAUAAGAGGAAUACACCCCUUUGUGAUAAACCACGCGGCAGGAUGGACUGACAUCACUGUUUCUUAUCACAACCAAAACUACGUCUUGCCUUCAUUCAUUUACGUCCAACUUUAA